CAGGUCACGUCACACGCGGUCGCUGCGCUGCACUGCACUGCACUGCACACACACUCGCAUCUAUCUACAUCAUAGCUGAGUCCAAUCAAUCACCACUGCAGCCGUGAUCUGCUCGGCUGAAGGGCCCCUGCACAUAAGGACAGACAGCACACCACACCACACCACGACGCAUAGAUAUUAUGUACGGUCGGUAGACAGACACGGACGGACGGCCAGUGCAUUGGCCUGCUUGGCUUGGCUUGCCUUCGGAUGGUUUUCUGUUGAAGGAGCCGCCUGUUGGUGGGCUCUCGUCCAAGCUGUACCACACACACACCACACCCAUAUGAACCAACCAUACCAACACACACACACCCCAACCAAUCAGUCAGUGCGUAUCGUAUCUAGCCACACACAUUUUUUUGAAGCCCCCGACUUGCCGCGCGUCGUUCCAUGACGUGCCCACCCUGCUGCCCACCCUGCCAUCCAUCCAUCCACACAUCGAUGGAUGGCUCUGUUAGGGUGUGCGCCCAGUGGCUUAGGGACUGACUCAGCGAGGUUUGGCGGCACGACCACAUCUAGGAUGUCGUUGAUCAGACGCAACUUGACCAUUCGGUCCUCCUACGCACACAGCACAGCACAGAGAGCCAGAGGGAGGGAGGGAGGGAGAGAGGAGGCGUUCAUCGACGUGAAAGUGUGUUUGCACCGCGCCCGCCUUUCUCCCUCUCUCUCUUGUGUAUGGUAUGGUAGCUAUGGUCUGGAUGGAGGAUUGCUUACGUCAGUGGUGGUCGACAGCGAUGGGCUGGCGUUGACCUCCACGAGCCUGCACAGACAGCCACAGCCACAGCCACAACACACACGAUAUGAUUGCGGGGUGGCCGGCUGGCCUCAGGAGGGACCAUACACACCAUGGUUUGAGCGUCUCAUCGAUGAGUAUGUCGUAGCCGUAGCACUCGAACGAAUGCUUGUCGUUGAUCAUCAGCGGCUGAGACACACACCACACAUGAGAUGGAUGGCCACUCAAGACCCAUGGAGAAGUGGAUGUGUGUGUGUGGGUGUGUGUGUGCCUGCAUCAACCAACUUGCCUUGACGGCUUUGAGCGACACGAUGACAAUCUCUUUCAUCUCGUCAAAAAGACGAUCGGCGCGCUCCUUGCCACGAGUGCAUUCCAGCCACAGCCUAAAGGUCCAUACGUUCAUGGACAGAGAGAGGGAGAUCCAACACAGCAGGUAUGGUAUUGGUGUGUUGUGUUGUGUGCGAGGAUGCCAUGCGAUGCCUGAGGUUGGCAAUGCUCCACUUGUUGCCGUGCACCUCGUUGUAGUCCUCCUGGACAUGACAUGCAUGUGACCACCACAGAGAUGUGAUUGUGAUGUGUCCAUGUGUUUGAGUAUCGGUAUUUAUGUGCCUAUGCUAUGCGUACCGCUCUUCUCUGCACGGCGACGUUGGUGAGAUGGACAAACAGGUUGUCGAGCUCAGUGAUGUCGCUCGUGUAGUUCUCGUGGCAAAACCGACAGAAACCAUCCUCGUACCUAUGUGUGUGACCGACAGACAAUUCCACACACACAUACACAGCACAGAGAGAGAAACCAAACCCGGCCCUUCAAUGCAGUGCAAUCCAUCUGUCGCUUCCACUCGGUCAGUCACUCACAGGUAUGCCGUGAUGGGCCUGAAGUUGGUGACGAGUACGAACAGCCUCAAGUCGAACUUCUUGCCCCCGAUCAGCAACGGACGCUCAAUGUACCUGCAUGCCCAUCAUGAGUGUAUGGUGGGGAUGCAUGUGAGUGACAAACACACACACAAACACACACACGGUGAAGGAGCGAGGGACGCAUCGCAUCAAGGCCCGAGAGGAGCACAAUCCACCCGUCCCCCUCUCCCUCCUUGCCUGGAUAUGACAUACGGCUCCCGCAGCUGCAGCGCCUGGAAGGGGUUCCUGCAGACAGACAGACAGACAGACAUUUCCGCCCUUGUGUUUGCCUUGCCGUCCUUCCCUCGCUCCCACAGGCAGGCAGCUCACUUGUCCUUGGGUGUGCCCGUCCCGCUUGCCCCCGCCGCUCCGCCCCCUCCCGCGGCCCACUUGCGGAGCUGUGUGAGCUUGGAGACCAGGAAGAUGCCCCGCCCCUGGGCCUUGUUGGCGGGCUUCAUGAUCCAGGUCGUCUGGGGGUUCUUGCGGAACUCCUCCACAAACAACGAGUAGUCCGUCGGCAGCAGAUACGUCGUCGGCACGAAAUCUGCACACAUCACAUCCAUCAGUGACAGGCAACACACAAAUCAUGGGGGGUGCUGUCUUUUUCUGUGUGCUGUCUGUCGUGCGCACGGUGUGGUGUGCGUGGCCUCCACGCAGUGUAGUACCUACCGUGUAGGGGGGCGAGAGGCGCGGUGGGGAGAGCGCUGCCAUUUGCUGUGGCGUUGUAGUACUGGAUGUGGCUCUCCUUGUCACAGUCCUUCCUAUAACGACGGAUGUUCUUGACCUGAUGUGACAUGCGCACAGCAACACCAACAAAGACGAGGCAUUCGCGCCUCUUUGCCCGAGUUUCAAUCAAUCAAUCAAUCAAUCAAUCAAUCAAUCCAUCCAUCCAUCCAUCCAUCCAUCCAUGUGUGGAUCGGUGUGUGUAACCAUGAGGUCUUUGCGCGUAAGUUCAUAGUGGUUGGGGAAGUGGUUGACGAACUGGUCGUCGCGGAGGCGUUGUGUGGUGGUCUCGGGGUUGAACAGGGCCUUCACAGAGAAGACGUUGGCCCAAUACACGUUCCACUCAUCGUCAGAGUGGGUCCGUUGCCAUCCCCUCUUGUCGCAGUUGACAGUGAGGACGUGCUUGUCGAAGUCACUCCGCCACCGAAUGGCCGUCAUCAGAUCGGCAUCGUCACAUCUGCGGACAUAAAUCUGCCGCAUGCACGAUCAGAGAGCAGCAAGGCAUCAGUGCUUUGUCGGCGUCUAUGCGGUCGGCCUACCUCUGUCGAGUUUCUCUGUGCGGAGCAGCCUGAACCAUCGAUCACCACAGAUAUCGUUCAUAGAAUCUCUGAAGGCGGUCCCUUUGUGCCACCUCACCCGGAUCUCUGCAGGUUGUCGAUGAGCUCUCGAUGUGUAUUGCCGUGACACCGCCACGCCAUGGUUGCUCAGUGACACUCACACAAGAGCAAGAUGAAUCACCUCGACGCUACGUGCUGGCGAUGAGCUCGAUUUGAUGGAUAAUGCGCAGAUCACUAUGCUGUAUGCACUAAUGCGCAGGUGCGCUUCACACCUGGUUCACG